GUAAUUACAACGCUAAGCGAUUGUUUGUUUGUUACUAAAAUACCCAUGGGUUUUUGAGGGUUUUUGAUAUGAGAAUGAGUGAAUCUUGUUUCCCGCUUUUCUUUUUUCAUAUAUUCUAUCAGUUCACUCAGAGCGCUGAAGAGCAUAUGGUGCUUGUUAGGUCUGAAAGAUCAAACUUAAAGCCAUAACGGCUUUUUUAGCAGCGUUUUAUUUACUGUCUACCGAUAUUCCGGAAAAUCAUAUUUAAAUUUCGAGGCAAAAUCAGGGCAAAAAUGGUGUCAUACAGACAACUGCUAUCACUUGUGGAGUCGGUAGUAUUGGGGUCGGAACAACCUCUUCCACAUCAGCGGAGCGAGCUGAUUCAUACGCUUCGAAAAUGUUUACCCAAUUUUAUGUCAUUUUUGGAGUACCCGGGCCCAAGAGCUUCUGAUAGGUCUCAAGUUUUAUCCAAAGAAGUCAGGCUUCCUAAUGCCCCUCCAACUAUUCUCGAUGAUCAAGAUGUUCAGAUAGCUUUAAAACUGAGCGAGGAUCUUAAUUUAAACGAAAUUGAUUGUGUUAGUUUGCUUGUUGCUGCUCAUCAAGAGUGGGGCUUACUUGGACGUGUGCCAUUAGAGAUCUUACGGCUUUCAGCAGGUCUGUGGUUCACUGAGAGGAUAGCUUUAAUAACAACAUUGUUAACUCUCCUCAGGGUUGCUGUGUUAGAUGAAGGUGUUGAUAAUGAUCUGGUGGUUGACAUUCAAAAUUUUUUAGAGGAGUUGUUUAAAUCUGGACUCAGGCAACGGCUAAUUACAAUUAUUAAGGAACUCAAUCGUGAUGAACCAGCAGGUUCAGGGGGCCCUCAUGCAGAUCGCUAUGUUCUUGACUCAAGAGGCACACUUGUACAACGUUAUACUGUGGUCCAAAGAGAGCGUCUCAGUUUAAGUCAAUGUCUUGUAUUUUCUGUCCUUGUAGUUCGAAUUAGCUCAGAAGAGUUGAAGGAUAUUCUGUCACUGCUGAAGGAUUGUGCUGGUGAUACUGAUGACUUUCAGAGCAUUGUCAAACUUCAAAUUGCAUAUACUAUCCUGUUUGUACUCGUCACAGCGUUAAUGUCUGACGCAUUGAGUGGAUCACAAGAUCCAUCUGUGUUUUCUCUUGAUUCCGAUUUCAGAAGAGAAUUUCAAGGAACUGUUAUGAGUACUGUAAAUGAUGCAAAAAUUGAGGGGUUUAUGAAUGUUGUAAGGUUGUCUUGGGCUGUUUUUAUAAUGUUGACUUUCGAUGGUACUGUUGGACGGGUUGCGGCUUCAGUUGCCCGUGCUGCUGAUGCCGCAGACAUAAGAUCAUGUCUUGAGUGUGCUUGUGCAAACAAUGCAUUCAAGUUUCUUUUGACAAGAAUACUUAGAACAGCAGCAUUCCAGAAUGAUGAUGAAGACAUAAUAUUUAUGUACAAUGCUUAUUUGCAUAAGAUGCUUACAAGUUUUCUUUCUCAUCCGAUUGGACGAGACAAGGCAAAAGAAGUGAAAGACAGGGCAAUGAAUGCUCUUGGGUCAUAUUCUGUAGGAAAUGCAUACGAGUCUAUGGAUGAUGAUACUAGAGCUCAGCAGCAGGCUAUAGAGGAUCAGGCUCAACCUUUUAUCUGUCUUUUGGAAGUAUUAACGGAAGUUUAUCAGAGAGAGCCAGGCCUAACAGAUGGAAAUGAAGCUUUAUGGAACUUUGUGUGCUUUGCUGGUGAAGAUCAUAGUAGCUACCAAACGCUUGUAGCAUUUUUAAGCUUGCUUAGUACGCUGGCAUCUGGUGAGGAAGGUGCUAAGAGAGUAUUUCAGUUGCUUCAAAGCAAAGCAAUUCGUAAUGUGGGGUGGCAUAUACUUUUCAACUCUCUUAAUGUCUAUGAACAAAAGUUCAAGAGAUGCCUUCAAAAUACAAGGGCAUUAUUGCCUAGUUUUCAGGAAGGUGAUGCGAGGGUAUUGGUAGCAUAUUUGAGGGUUCUGCAAAGGGUAAUACAGAAUGGGAAUUCAGUGGAAAAAUUGCUAUGGUUCCCUGAUAUAGAACCUUUGUUCAAGUUGUUGCCAUAUGAAAAUGUGCCACCAUAUCUGAAGGGUGCAUUGAGGAAUGCUAUCGCUACAUUUGUGGAAGUAUCUCCUACCUUGAAAGAUACUGUCUGGACUUUUCUGGAGCAGUAUGAUCUUCCAGUAGUUGUAAAAGCCCCUGUGAUUGGCAAUAGUUCACAAGAAGUUUCUUCUCAGGUAUAUGAAAUGAGAUAUGAACUAAAUGAAGUGGAAGCAAGGAGAGAAGAAUAUCCAUCGACACUCUCUUACUUAAACUUGUUGAAUGUGCUUAUUGAAAAGGAAACUGAUUUAAGUGAUAAUGGUAGAAGGUUUGUUGGGAUUUUUAGCUUUGUUCGUGACCAGGUAUUUGGGCCUUUCUCUCAAAGAGCAUAUGCUGACCCUGUUGAAAAAUGGCAGCUAGUAGUUGCUUGUCUCCGACACUUUCAAUUGAUGUUAGGUAUGUAUAACAUUGCAGAUUACGAUGCACAAAAUGCAAUGAAUCAACUUCCACAACCUGAUCAUACACCAGUAUCACCAGAUGAUCUCACAAUGCACAUUCCAGCAAUAGAGUUGAUGAAGGAUUUUAUGAGUGGAAAAACAAUUUUUCGUAACAUCAUGAGGAUACUUAUGUUAGGUGUGGACAAAGUUUUGGAGGAUCGCAGCAGCCAACUUUAUGGCCCAAGCUUAGAGGAGGCUGUGCAUCUUUGCCUUGAACUUGUUCUUCUUGCCUUGGAGAGAGAUUCAUCCUUUGCAGAUUAUUGGCGUCCUGUAUACCAGCCAUUAGAUGUCAUACUUUCCCAUGAGAGCCAUCAGAUUGUAAUGCUACUUCAGUAUGUGCGUUAUGAUAGACUACCUGCAAUUCAACAAUGCUCCAUUAAAAUAAUGGACAUUCUCAGUGGCCGUAUGGUUCAACUUGUAUCAAUCAUUAUGAAGGCAGAUGCUGCGGGAAACUUAAUAGAAGAUUAUGCAAAUUGCCUUGAGGCACGCACCCAAGAAUUUCAGGCCUUGGAAAAACCGAACAAGGACACUGGCUUCUUAAUCUUGCAGCUUCUUAUCAAUAAUCUUGCCCGUCCUGCACCAAAUGUUACACAUUUGUUGCUCAGAUUUGAUGUUGAUGGACCUGUGGAAAGGACCAUUUUGCAACCUAAAAGCCAUUAUAGUUGUUUGAGAGUUAUUCUUGAUGUAUUAGAGACACUUUCGAACGCUGAUGCUAAUUCAGUUCUUCACGAGUUUGGCUUUCAGCUCAUAUACGAAGUUUGUGUGGAUGGAUUAACUGGUGGUCCCAUGAUUGAGCUACUUCGUGGUGAAAAGUAUGAGUUCUUUAUGAAGCAUUUGGAUACAUUUCUAUGUUCACCACUUCCUAAGCGCAAUAAUAAUCAGGUUCUUCGUAUUAGCAAUCUUCAACAGAGAGCAUGGCUGCUGAAGCUUUUUGCUCUACAGUUACAUGUGAGCGACAUGGAUGUCAUUACUGAUCGUGAAAGCUGUCGCUGUCUGAUUUCACAAUUAUUUCUGCAAGAGAGUCUUCACAUAGAUAAAAAUAAUGCGUCCUUUCAGAAUUCUCAGAUUCAACAGCAUAUAAGUAUUACAAAUGAGAGUAUUUAUAAAAUGAAGGUUCUUGAGCUUCUUGAUGUAAUUCAAUUUCGGCCUCCUGAAACUAAUAUCAACUUUCCACAUUCAGUGCUAAAUUUUAAGGAGGAUCUGCGGGUGGACGAGAUCUUGGGAAAUUCGGCAACACUUGAAAAGGGUGGAGUCUAUUACUAUUCAGAGAGAGGAGAUCGGAUAAUUGAUUUGGCUGCUUUUCGGGAUAAGCUGUGGCAGGAGUACCAUGAGCUAGAAAACCAAUCUAAUUCUGUUCUCAAUCAAAAACGGCUGGUAGAUUUAAAGGAUGCUGUGCAGCAGUUAUUGAUAUGGGGUUGGAAAUACAACAAAAAUCUUGAGGAGAAUGCAGCUCAGUUGCAUAUGUUGGUUGGUUGGUCACAAGUUGUGGAGGUGUCUGUGUCUAGGCGGAUGGAGUUCCUCGAAAGCCGCCCUCAAGCGUUGUUUGAAAUACUGGACGCAUCAUUGGGUGCAACAACAUCACAAGAUUGUUCUCUUAAAAUGGCUUUGUUCUUGACUCAGGUGGUGUUAACUUCCAUGGCAAAAUUGCAAGAACAAAGUUUCCUGUCACCUGGAGGUGAAAGCACAGAUAAUGUCACAUAUAUUGAUAUUCUUUCAUCAGCACACUUGUCAAAUGGUGCUUGCCAUUCAAUAUUAUCAAAGCUUGUUAUGGCGAUUCUCCGGAGUGAAUCCUCUGAAAUAUUGCGGAGACGCCAAUAUGCAAUCAUGCUGAGUUAUUUCCAGUAUUGUUGUGGCAUGCUUGAUCCAGAUGUGUCUUUAGGCACAAUGCGUGAUUUGUUAAUUGAAGGGCAGGAUGGAGAAGAUGAUGUGGAUCUUCAAAAGAUUGACAAGGACCAGGCAGAACUGACCCAAAUGAACUUCUCAAUAUUGAAACGAGAAGCCACAGCUCUUGUUGACGUGGUUGCAAAGGAUGCAACCCAGGGAAGUGAGGUUGGUAAAGCAAUGGCAUUUUAUGUGCUCGAGGCCUUGUUGGGUUUUGACCAGGAUCAGUUAUUCCUAAACCAGAUUCAGAGUAGAGGUUUGUUACGUGCGUGCCUUUCAGACAUCAACAACAAUUCAUACCAGGCAGUAUUGCUUCCGUCAGCAGCUUCUAUUCGUCGCCUAUAUACCCUUGAAGCAGAGCUUGCCCUACUUUUAAGAGUUGGUUAUGGAUAUAAGAAAAGAGGAGCACAAAUUUUAUUUGCAAUGGGUAUUUUGGAACGCCUUUCGUCAUGUAGAGCUGUGGAUGUUUAUCUUACGGAAGAUUCAAAGUGGGCACAUGCAUUCAAGAUGGGAUUAGGCUUGCCAUCCCAGCAUGAUAGACAUCAUCAAAUUGUGUCCCCAGUGCUAAGAUUAGUCUUUUGCGUUUCACAAUUGGUUGACAUGUCGGAAUAUCUUGAGGAAUCCAAUAAGGUCAUCCGUGAGAUCAUAGAGUUUGUCGUAGCACAUCAAGGUCUUUUUGCUCGUAUUCUCAGAGAUGAAGAUUCUGAAAUACAUGUUCAAUUGCUGGAAGAAUUGGAAAUUGCCAUCGCUAUAUUAUCUAAGGUGUGGCCUUUUGAAGAAAGGGAUGAGUGUGGAAUAGUUCAAGCACUAUUCAAUCUCAUGUGUGUUUUCUUUUCUGAGGAUACAGAGUCUAGUAGCAAAUAUGUACUGUAUAUUCGAAAUUCGGAAAGAGCUGUAGAUCAGUCUUAUGGAGCUCGUGAGAAUGUCAGGAAAAUGGAAUUGUUUGUAAAGCGUUUGCAAUGCAACUUAGUGUCUUAUCUGUACUGCUUGGUAACAAGGAAGAACUUAAGAUUACCCAUCUCCAGGCCAAAUAUUAUGGAUGGAGUUUUUGUUGGUAAUUAUACAUUUGGUAGACAGAGACAACCAACACUAAAGCUGGUUGCUAGCCUUCUUCACCAGGCAACUACAGAUUUGGAACGUGCUGUAGAAGAGAAGUGUCUCCUCUUAACUAAGAUUCAAGAUGUAAAUGAGCUCUCAAGACACGAGGUUGAUGAAAUACUUGAGGCAUAUGGCCGUCAGGAGUAUUUAUCAGCAUCUGAUAGCAUCCGUAAAAGGAGAUAUUUGGCAAUGAUUGAGAUGUGUUCUGCUGCGGGAUAUAGGGAGCGUUUAACAACACUUAUUUUGCAUGUUGUGGAACAUGUACUUAACAUAUUUUAUAUUCAUUUUGAAAAUCGAUUACAAGUGCCCGAUCAUUUAAACCAAGACAUGACAAGUUAUUUAGAUAAGGAAGAAAACGUUGGAUCCAAAGAUGAUAUAAUGUCAUUAAAUGAAAGGAUAGUUCCCAUUCUAGAAAGACUGGAAGCUUUGAAUGAGGAUAGGGUAGGCCAUAGCCUAAAACUCUUGCACAGGCUGGUUCACUCCUUGAAGUCAAGAAUUCUUCUUCGAUAUUCAUCAUAAUUUGGUUCUCAGUCAAGUGGUUUCUGGAUGUUUAACUCAGAAAUUUGAAGCAUGAAGAGGCAUAUUCCUUUACUGGAUCUCAUUAGAAAUGGAAGUUUAUGCUUCCUAUCGCUGUAGAACAAAGGGCAGCCAAGUUUGUUUUAUACUAUUGUAUUUAUGUCCAUCCUCAUGGGUAUGUAUUAAACGUAGAGUUCCACUUUCCAAGUUGAUAUCUGGUUCUUCAUAAUAAUGUUUAGCUCCAUAGAUCUUAUUAACCUCAACAGAUUAUAGCAUUAUAUGCUAAAGUUUGAAGGCUGUAUAGCAAUGUGAAUUGAAAUCAUUUUCCCUUUUAAGACAUUUAACAUUUAUUAAUUCAUUUUGUGGAAACUGACAUUGAUUUCAGAAAGACAAAAUGCCCAGGUGUUGUAUAACCUAUAUGAGAAUGCAAAUUCUUAAAAGGAUCAUUUACUUCAAAAUAUGCUUUUAUAGACA